UCUCUACACCUUGACGCUGAUGGGUGUGUUUAGAAAGGCCUGAUCCGCUGGCCAUUGCAUUUUUAUCAUUUAGUUUUCAGAAUUGUGUGUCAUUCAUCAUGCAACAUCACCUGGGAUAUAAUCUGAAUAUGGCAUUAUCUUCACAUUACCUGAUUAUCUCUGCUUUAUUCAUCGGCUUACGUUCUGCUGAUGAAUAUUUCCCAAUCCAUGAACACACCUCUUUAAGUGACUCAGUAACAACUAUAUCGAUUGAAACACGUGGUCAGAAUAAUACAGUAAACUCACAGCUUGCAGAGCUCACAUCACCACCAUAUUCUACAGAAUCGGUAACAUUGGAGCCUAUCGACACCACAUCAGCACCUGAACCAACUAUUCCCCCAGACAAGGUAAUCACUGAGCCUGAUAAAACCACCAUGAUACCUGAAGCAACUGUUCAGACAGACACAUCAACAUGGAAGACAACAGGGAUCAGUGUGCCAUCUCAACCAACACAUACCACAGACACAGUAUCAUUGGAGCAAUCUAAGACAACCUUUACAUCUCAAGAAAGCAAACAAACUCAUUCAGUAACGCCUAUAUCUGCUGUGACAACACCAGCCCCUGAAACAAGUAAUCUCCCUGACACGGUAACCCCAGAGCCUGCUGAGACAACCAUGGUACCUACAGCAUCAAUGUCUGAACCAACAGCUCAAACUGACACAUCACCAUCACUGUCUACAGUGACUACGUCAACUCAACCAACUCUUGUGACUGACAGAGUAUCUUUUGAGCCUACAAAGACAACCUUGUUAGCUCAAGAGACCAUGUCAACUGAUUCAGUAGCAUCUGGUCCUACUGAAACCACUUUGCUUCCAGACACGACAGCUUCUACAACAAUAUCUAGGCCCACUGUCACCACCACCGUUGCUGAAUCAAGUAUUUCAACCACUUCUGUGGUAUCUGUGCCUGCCGACACCACAUCCACACCUGAACCUACCACUACCACAGUGACACUUAUUACUGAGCCUGAUAAAACCACCAUGGUACCUGAAGCAACUGUUCAGACUGACAUAUCAACAUGGAAGACAACAGGGAUCAGUGUCCCAUCUCAACCAACACAUACCACAGAAGCAGUAUCAUUGGAGCAAUCUAAGACAACCUUUACAUCACAAGAAAGCAAACAAACUCAUUCAGUAACGCCUAUACCUGAUGUGACCACACCAGCCCCUGAAACAAGUAAUCUCCCUGACACAGUAACCCCAGAGCCUGCUGAGACAACCAUGGUACCUACAGCAUCAAUGUCUGAACCAACAGCUCAAACUGACACAUCACCAUCACAGUCUACAGUGACUACGUCAACUCAACCAACUCUUGUGACUGACAGGGUAUCUUUGGAGCCUGCAAAGACAACCUUGUUAGCUCAAGAGACCAUGUCAACUGAUUCAGUAGGAUCUGGUCCUACUGAAAUGACAGCUUCUACAACAAUAUCUAGGCCCACUGUUACCACCACCAUUGCUGAAUCAAGUAUUUCAACCACUUCUGUGGUAUCUGUGCCUGCCGACACCACAUCCACACCUGAACCUACCACUACCACAGAGACACUUAUCACUGAGCCUGAUAAAACCACCAUGGUACCUGAAGCAACUGUUCAGACUGACACAUCAACAUGGAAGACAACAGGGAUCAUUGUCCCAUCUCAACCAACACAUACCACAGACACAGUAUCAUUGGAGCAAUCUAAGACAACCUUUACAUCACAAGAAAGCAAACAAACUCAUUCAGUAACGCCUAUACCUGAUGUGACCACACCAGCCCCUGAAACAAGUAAUCUCCCUGACACAGUAACCCCAGAGCCUGCUGAGACAACCAUGGUACCUACAGCAUCAAUGUCUGAACCAACAGCUCAAACUGACACAUCACCAUCACUGUCUACAGUGACUACGUCAACUCAACCAACUCUUGUGACUGACAGAGUAUCUUUUGAGCCUACAAAGACAACCUUGUUAGCUCAAGAGACCAUGUCAACUGAUUCAGUAACAUCUGGUCCUACUGAAAUGACAGCUUCUACAACAGUAUCUAGGCCCACUGUUACCACCACCGUUGCUGAAUCAAGUAUUUCAACCACCUCUGUGGUAUCUGUGCCUGCAGACACCACAUCCACACCUGAACCUACCACUACCACAGUGACACUUAUCACUGAGCCUGAUAAAACCACCAUGGUACCUGAAGCAACUGUUCAGACUGACACAUCAACAUGGAAGACAACAGGGAUCAGUGUGCCAUCUCAACCAACACAAACCACAGACACAGUAUCAUUGGAGCAAUCUAAGACAACCUUUACAUCACAAGAAAGCAAACAAACUCAUUCGGUGACGCCUAUACCUGAUGUGACCACACCAGCCCCUGAAACAAGUAAACUCCCUGACACAGUAACCCCAGAGCCUGCUGAGACAACCAUGGUACCUACAGCAUCAGUGUCUGAACCGACAACUCAGACUGACACAUCACCAUCACUGUCUACAGCGACUACGUCAACUCAACCAACUCUUGUGACUGACAGAGUAUCUUUUGAGCCUACAAAGACAACCUUGUUAGCUCAAGAGACCAUGUCAACUGAUUCAGUAGCAUCUGGUCCUACUGAAACCACUUUGCUUCCAGUCACGACAGCUUCUACAACAAUAUCUAGGCCCACUGUCACCACCACCGUUGCUGAAUCAAGUAUUUCAACCACUUCUGUGGUAUCUGUGCCUGCCGACACCACAUCCACACCUGAACCUACCACUACCACUGUGACACUUAUCACUGAGCCUGAUAAAACCACCAUGGUACCUGAAGCAACUGUUCAGACUGACACAUCAACACGGAAGACAACAGGGAUCAGUUUGCCAUCUCAACCAACACAUACCACAGACACAGUAUCAUUGGAGCAAUCUAAGACAACCUUUACAUCACAAGAAAGCAAACAAACUCAUUCAGUAACGCCUAUACCUGAUGUGACCACACCAGCCCCUGAAACAAGUAAUCUCCCUGACACAGUAACCCCAGAGCCUGCUGAGACAACCAUGGUACCUACAGCAUCAGUGUCUGAACCAACAACUCAGACUGACACAUCACCAUCACUGUCUACAGCGACUACGUCAACUCAGCCAACUCUUGUGACUGACAGAGUAUCUUUGGAGCCUGAGAAGACAACCUUGUUAGCUCAAGAGACCAUGUCAACUGAUUCAGUAACAUCUGGUCCUACUGAAAUGACAGCUUCUACAACAAUAUCUAGGCCCACUGUCACCACCACCGUUGCUGAAUCAAGUAUUUCAACCACUUCUGUGGUAUCUGUGCCUGCCGACACCACAUCCACACCUGAACCUACCACUACCACUGUGACACUUAUCACUGAGCCUGAUAAAACCACCAUGGUACCUGAAGCAACUGUUCAGACUGACACAUCAACAUGGAAGACAACAGGGAUCAGUGUCCCAUCUCAACCAACACAUACCACAGACACAGUAUCAUUGGAGCAAUCUAAGACAACCUUUACAUCACAAGAAAGCAAACAAACUCAUUCAGUAACGCCUAUACCUGAUGUGACCACACCAGCCCCUGAAACAAGUAAUCUCCCUGACACAGUAACCCCAGAGCCUGCUGAGACAACCAUGGUACCUACAGCCUCAGUGUCUGAACCAACAGCUCAGACUGACACAUCACCAUCACUAUCUACAGCGACUACGUCAACUCAACCAACUUUUGUGACUGACAGAGUAUCUUUUGAGCCUGCAAAGACAACCUUGUUAGCUCAAGAGACCAUGUCAACUGAUUCAGCAGCAUCUGGUCCUACUGAAACCACUUUGCUUCCAGACACGACAGCUUCUACAACAAUAUCUAGGCCCACUGUCACCACCACCGUCGCUGAAUCAAGUAUUUCAACCACUUCUGUGGUAUCUGUGCCUGCCGACACCACAUCCACACCUGAACCUACCACUACCACAGUGACACUUAUCACUGAGCCUGAUAAAACCACCAUGGUACCUGAAGCAACUGUUCAGACUGACACAUCAACAUGGAAGACAACAGGGAUCAGUGUCCCAUCUCAACCAACACAUACCACAGACACAGUAUCAUUGGAGCAAUCUAAGACAACCUUUACAUCACAAGAAAGCAAACAAACUCAUUCAGUAACGCCUAUACCUGAUGUGACCACACCAGCCCCUGAAACAAGUAAUCUCCCUGACACAGUAACCCCAGAGCCUGCUGAGACAACCAUGGUACCUACAGCAUCAAUGUCUGAACCAACAGCUCAAACUGACACAUCACCAUCACUGUCUACAGUGACUACGUCAACUCAACCAACUCUUGUGACUGACAGAGUAUCUUUUGAGCCUACAAAGACAACCUUGUUAGCUCAAGAGACCAUGUCAACUGAUUCAGUAACAUCUGGUCCUACUGAAAUGACAGCUUCUACAACAAUAUCUAGGCCCACUGUCACCACCACCGUUGCUGAAUCAAGUAUUUCAACCACUUCUGUGGUAUCUGUGCCUGCCGACACCACAUCCACACCUGAACCUACCACUACCACUGUGACACUUAUCACUGAGCCUGAUAAAACCACCAUGGUACCUGAAGCAACUGUUCAGACUGACACAUCAACAUGGAAGACAACAGGGAUCAGUGUCCCAUCUCAACCAACACAUACCACAGACACAGUAUCAUUGGAGCAAUCUAAGACAACCUUUACAUCACAAGAAAGCAAACAAACUCAUUCAGUAACGCCUAUACCUGAUGUGACCACACCAGCCCCUGAAACAAGUAAUCUCCCUGACACAGUAACCCCAGAGCCUGCUGAGACAACCAUGGUACCUACAGCCUCAGUGUCUGAACCAACAGCUCAGACUGACACAUCACCAUCACUAUCUACAGCGACUACGUCAACUCAACCAACUCUUGUGACUGACAGAGUAUCUUUUGAGCCUACAAAGACAACCUUGUUAGCUCAAGAGACCAUGUCAACUGAUUCAGUAGGAUCUGGUCCUACUGAAACCACUUUGCUUCCAGACACGACAGCUUCUACAACAAUAUCUAGGCCCACUGUUACCACCACCGUUGCUGAAUCAAGUAUUUCAACCACUUCUGUGGUAUCUGUGCCUGCCGACACCACAUCCACACCUGAACCUACCACUACCACAGUGACACUUAUCACUGAGCCUGAUAAAACCACCAUGGUACCUGAAGCAACUGUUCAGACUGACACAUCAACAUGGAAGACAACAGGGAUCAGUGUGCCAUCCCAACCAACACAUACCACAGACACAGUAUCAUUGGAGCAAUCUAAAACAACCUUUACAUCACAAGAAAGCAAACAAACUCAUUCAGUAACGCCUAUACCUGCUGUGACCACACCAGCGCCUGAAACAAGUAAUCUCCCUGACACAGUAACCCCAGAGCCUGCUGAGACAACCAUGGUACCUACAUCAUCAGUGUCUGAACCAACAGCUCAGACUGACACACCACCAUCACUGUCUACAGUGACUAUGUCAACUCAACCAACUCUUGUGACUGACAGAGUAUCUUUGGAGCCUGCAAAGACAACCUUGUUAGCUCAAGAGACCAUGUCAACUGAUUCAGUAGCAUCUGGUCCUACUGAAACCACUUUACUUCCAGAAACGACAGCUUCUACAACAAUAUCUAGGCCCACUGUUACCACCACCAUUGCUGAAUCAAGUAUUUCAACCACUUCUGUGGUAUCUGUGCCUGCAGACAUCACAUCCACACCUGAAUCUAUCACUACCACAGUGACACUUAUCACUGAGCCUGAUAAAACCACCAUGGUACCUGAAGCAACUGUUCAGACUGACACAUCAACAUGGAAGACAACAGGGAUCAGUGUGCCAUCUCAACCAACACAUACCACAGACACAGUAUCAUUGGAGCAAUCUAAGACAACUUUUACAUCACAAGAAAGCAAACAAACUCAUUCAGUAACACCUAUACCUGCUGUGACCACACCAGCCCCUGAAACAAGUAAUCUCCCUGACACAGUAACCCCAGAGCCUGCUGAGACAACCAUGGUACCUACAUCAUCAGUGUCUGAACCAACAGCUCAGACUGACACACCACCAUCACUGUCUACAGUGACUAUGUCAACUCAACCAACUCUUGUGACUGACAGAGUAUCUUUGGAGCCUGCAAAGACAACCUUGUUAGCUCAAGAGACCAUGUCAACUGAUUCAGUAGCAUCUGGUCCUACUGAAACCACUUUACUUCCAGAAACGACAGCUUCUACAACAAUAUCUAGGUCCACUGUUACCACCACCAUUGCUGAAUCAAGUAUUUCAACCACUUCUGUGGUAUCUGUGCCUGCAGACAUCACAUCCACACCUGAAUCUAUCACUACCACAGUGACACUUAUCACUGAGCCUGAUAAAACCACCAUGGUACCUGAAGCAACUGUUCAGACUGACACAUCAACAUGGAAGACAACAGGGAUCAGUGUGCCAUCUCAACCAACACAUACCACAGACACAGUAUCAUUGGAGCAAUCUAAGACAACUUUUACAUCACAAGAAAGCAAACAAACUCAUUCAGUAACACCUAUACCUGCUGUGACCACACCAGCCCCUGAAACAAGUAAUCUCCCUGACACAGUAACCCCAGAGCCUGCUGAGACAACCAUGGUACCUACAGCAUCAAUGUCUGAACCAACAGCUCAAACUGACACAUCACCAUCACUGUCUACAGUGACUACGUCAACUCAACCAACUCUUGUGACUGACAGAGUAUCUUUUGAGCCUACAAAGACAACCUUGUUAGCUCAAGAGACCAUGUCAACUGAUUCAGUAGGAUCUGGUCCUACUGAAACCACUUUGCUUCCAGACACGACAGCUUCUACAACAAUAUCUAGGCCCAAUGUUACCACCACCGUUGCUGAAUCAAGUAUUUCAACCACUUCUGUGGUAUCUGUGCCUGCCGACACCACAUCCACACCUGAACCUACCACUACCACAGUGACACUUAUCACUGAGCCUGAUAAAACCACCAUGGUACCUGAAGCAACUGUUCAGACUGACACAUCAACAUGGAAGACAACAGGGAUCAGUGUGCCAUCCCAACCAACACAUACCACAGACACAGUAUCAUUGGAGCAAUCUAAAACAACCUUUACAUCACAAGAAAGCAAACAAACUCAUUCAGUAACGCCUAUACCUGCUGUGACCACACCAGCGCCUGAAACAAGUAAUCUCCCUGACACAGUAACCCCAGAGCCUGCUGAGACAACCAUGGUACCUACAGCAUCAAUGUCUGAACCAACAGCUCAAACUGACACAUCACCAUCACUGUCUACAGUGACUACGUCAACUCAACCAACUCUUGUGACUGACAGAGUAUCUUUUGAGCCUACAAAGACAACCUUGUUAGCUCAAGAGACCAUGUCAACUGAUUCAGUAGGAUCUGGUCCUACUGAAACCACUUUGCUUCCAGACACGACAGCUUCUACAACAAUAUCUAGGCCCAAUGUUACCACCACCGUUGCUGAAUCAAGUAUUUCAACCACUUCUGUGGUAUCUGUGCCUGCCGACACCACAUCCACACCUGAACCUACCACUACCACAGUGACACUUAUCACUGAGCCUGAUAAAACCACCAUGGUACCUGAAGCAACUGUUCAGACUGACACAUCAACAUGGAAGACAACAGGGAUCAGUGUGCCAUCCCAACCAACACAUACCACAGACACAGUAUCAUUGGAGCAAUCUAAAACAACCUUUACAUCACAAGAAAGCAAACAAACUCAUUCAGUAACGCCUAUACCUGCUGUGACCACACCAGCGCCUGAAACAAGUAAUCUCCCUGACACAGUAACCCCAGAGCCUGCUGAGACAACCAUGGUACCUACAUCAUCAGUGUCUGAACCAACAGCUCAGACUGACACACCACCAUCACUGUCUACAGUGACUAUGUCAACUCAACCAACUCUUGUGACUGACAGAGUAUCUUUGGAGCCUGCAAAGACAACCUUGUUAGCUCAAGAGACCAUGUCAACUGAUUCAGUAGCAUCUGGUCCUACUGAAACCACUUUACUUCCAGAAACGACAGCUUCUACAACAAUAUCUAGGCCCACUGUUACCACCACCAUUGCUGAAUCAAGUAUUUCAACCACUUCUGUGGUAUCUGUGCCUGCAGACAUCACAUCCACACCUGAAUCUAUCACUACCACAGUGACACUUAUCACUGAGCCUGAUAAAACCACCAUGGUACCUGAAGCAACUGUUCAGACUGACACAUCAACAUGGAAGACAACAGGGAUCAGUGUGCCAUCCCAACCAACACAUACCACAGACACAGUAUCAUUGGAGCAAUCUAAAACAACCUUUACAUCACAAGAAAGCAAACAAACUCAUUCAGUAACGCCUAUACCUGCUGUGACCACACCAGCGCCUGAAACAAGUAAUCUCCCUGACACAGUAACCCCAGAGCCUGCUGAGACAACCAUGGUACCUACAUCAUCAGUGUCUGAACCAACAGCUCAGACUGACACACCACCAUCACUGUCUACAGUGACUAUGUCAACUCAACCAACUCUUGUGACUGACAGAGUAUCUUUGGAGCCUGCAAAGACAACCUUGUUAGCUCAAGAGACCAUGUCAACUGAUUCAGUAGCAUCUGGUCCUACUGAAACCACUUUACUUCCAGAAACGACAGCUUCUACAACAAUAUCUAGGCCCACUGUUACCACCACCAUUGCUGAAUCAAGUAUUUCAACCACUUCUGUGGUAUCUGUGCCUGCAGACAUCACAUCCACACCUGAAUCUAUCACUACCACAGUGACACUUAUCACUGAGCCUGAUAAAACCACCAUGGUACCUGAAGCAACUGUUCAGACUGACACAUCAACAUGGAAGACAACAGGGAUCAGUGUGCCAUCCCAACCAACACAUACCACAGACACAGUAUCAUUGGAGCAAUCUAAAACAACCUUUACAUCACAAGAAAGCAAACAAACUCAUUCAGUAACGCCUAUACCUGCUGUGACCACACCAGCGCCUGAAACAAGUAAUCUCCCUGACACAGUAACCCCAGAGCCUGCUGAGACAACCAUGGUACCUACAUCAUCAGUGUCUGAACCAACAGCUCAGACUGACACACCACCAUCACUGUCUACAGUGACUAUGUCAACUCAACCAACUCUUGUGACUGACAGAGUAUCUUUGGAGCCUGCAAAGACAACCUUGUUAGCUCAAGAGACCAUGUCAACUGAUUCAGUAGCAUCUGGUCCUACUGAAACCAGUUUACUUCCAGAAACGACAGCUUCUACAACAAUAUCUAGGCCCACUGUUACCACCACCAUUGCUGAAUCAAGUAUUUCAACCACUUCUGUGGUAUCUGUGCCUGCAGACAUCACAUCCACACCUGAAUCUAUCACUACCACAGUGACACUUAUCACUGAGCCUGAUAAAACCACCAUGGUACCUGAAGCAACUGUUCAGACUGACACAUCAACAUGGAAGACAACAGGGAUCAGUGUGCCAUCUCAACCAACACAUACCACAGACACAGUAUCAUUGGAGCAAUCUAAGACAACUUUUACAUCACAAGAAAGCAAACAAACUCAUUCAGUAACACCUAUACCUGCUGUGACCACACCAGCCCCUGAAACAAGUAAUCUCCCUGACACAGUAACCCCAGAGCCUGCUGAGACAACCAUGGUACCUACAGCAUCAAUGUCUGAACCAACAGCUCAAACUGACACAUCACCAUCACUGUCUACAGUGACUACGUCAACUCAACCAACUCUUGUGACUGACAGAGUAUCUUUUGAGCCUACAAAGACAACCUUGUUAGCUCAAGAGACCAUGUCAACUGAUUCAGUAGGAUCUGGUCCUACUGAAACCACUUUGCUUCCAGACACGACAGCUUCUACAACAAUAUCUAGGCCCAAUGUUACCACCACCGUUGCUGAAUCAAGUAUUUCAACCACUUCUGUGGUAUCUGUGCCUGCCGACACCACAUCCACACCUGAACCUACCACUACCACAGUGACACUUAUCACUGAGCCUGAUAAAACCACCAUGGUACCUGAAGCAACUGUUCAGACUGACACAUCAACAUGGAAGACAACAGGGAUCAGUGUGCCAUCCCAACCAACACAUACCACAGACACAGUAUCAUUGGAGCAAUCUAAAACAACCUUUACAUCACAAGAAAGCAAACAAACUCAUUCAGUAACGCCUAUACCUGCUGUGACCACACCAGCGCCUGAAACAAGUAAUCUCCCUGACACAGUAACCCCAGAGCCUGCUGAGACAACCAUGGUACCUACAUCAUCAGUGUCUGAACCAACAGCUCAGACUGACACACCACCAUCACUGUCUACAGUGACUAUGUCAACUCAACCAACUCUUGUGACUGACAGAGUAUCUUUGGAGCCUGCAAAGACAACCUUGUUAGCUCAAGAGACCAUGUCAACUGAUUCAGUAGCAUCUGGUCCUACUGAAACCACUUUACUUCCAGAAACGACAGCUUCUACAACAAUAUCUAGGCCCACUGUUACCACCACCAUUGCUGAAUCAAGUAUUUCAACCACUUCUGUGGUAUCUGUGCCUGCAGACAUCACAUCCACACCUGAAUCUAUCACUACCACAGUGACACUUAUCACUGAGCCUGAUAAAACCACCAUGGUACCUGAAGCAACUGUUCAGACUGACACAUCAACAUGGAAGACAACAGGGAUCAGUGUGCCAUCCCAACCAACACAUACCACAGACACAGUAUCAUUGGAGCAAUCUAAAACAACCUUUACAUCACAAGAAAGCAAACAAACUCAUUCAGUAACGCCUAUACCUGCUGUGACCACACCAGCGCCUGAAACAAGUAAUCUCCCUGACACAGUAACCCCAGAGCCUGCUGAGACAACCAUGGUACCUACAUCAUCAGUGUCUGAACCAACAGCUCAGACUGACACACCACCAUCACUGUCUACAGUGACUAUGUCAACUCAACCAACUCUUGUGACUGACAGAGUAUCUUUGGAGCCUGCAAAGACAACCUUGUUAGCUCAAGAGACCAUGUCAACUGAUUCAGUAGCAUCUGGUCCUACUGAAACCACUUUACUUCCAGAAACGACAGCUUCUACAACAAUAUCUAGGCCCACUGUUACCACCACCAUUGCUGAAUCAAGUAUUUCAACCACUUCUGUGGUAUCUGUGCCUGCAGACAUCACAUCCACACCUGAAUCUAUCACUACCACAGUGACACUUAUCACUGAGCCUGAUAAAACCACCAUGGUACCUGAAGCAACUGUUCAGACUGACACAUCAACAUGGAAGACAACAGGGAUCAGUGUGCCAUCCCAACCAACACAUACCACAGACACAGUAUCAUUGGAGCAAUCUAAAACAACCUUUACAUCACAAGAAAGCAAACAAACUCAUUCAGUAACGCCUAUACCUGCUGUGACCACACCAGCGCCUGAAACAAGUAAUCUCCCUGACACAGUAACCCCAGAGCCUGCUGAGACAACCAUGGUACCUACAUCAUCAGUGUCUGAACCAACAGCUCAGACUGACACACCACCAUCACUGUCUACAGUGACUAUGUCAACUCAACCAACUCUUGUGACUGACAGAGUAUCUUUGGAGCCUGCAAAGACAACCUUGUUAGCUCAAGAGACCAUGUCAACUGAUUCAGUAGCAUCUGGUCCUACUGAAACCACUUUACUUCCAGAAACGACAGCUUCUACAACAAUAUCUAGGCCCACUGUUACCACCACCAUUGCUGAAUCAAGUAUUUCAACCACUUCUGUGGUAUCUGUGCCUGCAGACAUCACAUCCACACCUGAAUCUAUCACUACCACAGUGACACUUAUCACUGAGCCUGAUAAAACCACCAUGGUACCUGAAGCAACUGUUCAGACUGACACAUCAACAUGGAAGACAACAGGGAUCAGUGUGCCAUCUCAACCAACACAUACCACAGACACAGUAUCAUUGGAGCAAUCUAAGACAACUUUUACAUCACAAGAAAGCAAACAAACUCAUUCAGUAACACCUAUACCUGCUGUGACCACACCAGCCCCUGAAACAAGUAAUCUCCCUGACACAGUAACCCCAGAGCCUGCUGAGACAACCAUGGUACCUACAGCAUCAAUGUCUGAACCAACAGCUCAAACUGACACAUCACCAUCACUGUCUACAGUGACUACGUCAACUCAACCAACUCUUGUGACUGACAGAGUAUCUUUUGAGCCUACAAAGACAACCUUGUUAGCUCAAGAGACCAUGUCAACUGAUUCAGUAGGAUCUGGUCCUACUGAAACCACUUUGCUUCCAGACACGACAGCUUCUACAACAAUAUCUAGGCCCAAUGUUACCACCACCGUUGCUGAAUCAAGUAUUUCAACCACUUCUGUGGUAUCUGUGCCUGCCGACACCACAUCCACACCUGAACCUACCACUACCACAGUGACACUUAUCACUGAGCCUGAUAAAACCACCAUGGUACCUGAAGCAACUGUUCAGACUGACACAUCAACAUGGAAGACAACAGGGAUCAGUGUGCCAUCCCAACCAACACAUACCACAGACACAGUAUCAUUGGAGCAAUCUAAAACAACCUUUACAUCACAAGAAAGCAAACAAACUCAUUCAGUAACGCCUAUACCUGCUGUGACCACACCAGCGCCUGAAACAAGUAAUCUCCCUGACACAGUAACCCCAGAGCCUGCUGAGACAACCAUGGUACCUACAUCAUCAGUGUCUGAACCAACAGCUCAGACUGACACACCACCAUCACUGUCUACAGUGACUAUGUCAACUCAACCAACUCUUGUGACUGACAGAGUAUCUUUGGAGCCUGCAAAGACAACCUUGUUAGCUCAAGAGACCAUGUCAACUGAUUCAGUAGCAUCUGGUCCUACUGAAACCACUUUACUUCCAGAAACGACAGCUUCUACAACAAUAUCUAGGCCCACUGUUACCACCACCAUUGCUGAAUCAAGUAUUUCAACCACUUCUGUGGUAUCUGUGCCUGCAGACAUCACAUCCACACCUGAAUCUAUCACUACCACAGUGACACUUAUCACUGAGCCUGAUAAAACCACCAUGGUACCUGAAGCAACUGUUCAGACUGACACAUCAACAUGGAAGACAACAGGGAUCAGUGUGCCAUCCCAACCAACACAUACCACAGACACAGUAUCAUUGGAGCAAUCUAAAACAACCUUUACAUCACAAGAAAGCAAACAAACUCAUUCAGUAACGCCUAUACCUGCUGUGACCACACCAGCGCCUGAAACAAGUAAUCUCCCUGACACAGUAACCCCAGAGCCUGCUGAGACAACCAUGGUACCUACAUCAUCAGUGUCUGAACCAACAGCUCAGACUGACACACCACCAUCACUGUCUACAGUGACUAUGUCAACUCAACCAACUCUUGUGACUGACAGAGUAUCUUUGGAGCCUGCAAAGACAACCUUGUUAGCUCAAGAGACCAUGUCAACUGAUUCAGUAGCAUCUGGUCCUACUGAAACCACUUUACUUCCAGAAACGACAGCUUCUACAACAAUAUCUAGGCCCACUGUUACCACCACCAUUGCUGAAUCAAGUAUUUCAACCACUUCUGUGGUAUCUGUGCCUGCAGACAUCACAUCCACACCUGAAUCUAUCACUACCACAGUGACACUUAUCACUGAGCCUGAUAAAACCACCAUGGUACCUGAAGCAACUGUUCAGACUGACACAUCAACAUGGAAGACAACAGGGAUCAGUGUGCCAUCUCAACCAACACAUACCACAGACACAGUAUCAUUGGAGCAAUCUAAGACAACUUUUACAUCACAAGAAAGCAAACAAACUCAUUCAGUAACACCUAUACCUGCUGUGACCACACCAGCCCCUGAAACAAGUAAUCUCCCUGACACAGUAACCCCAGAGCCUGCUGAGACAACCAUGGUACCUACAGCAUCAAUGUCUGAACCAACAGCUCAAACUGACACAUCACCAUCACUGUCUACAGUGACUACGUCAACUCAACCAACUCUUGUGACUGACAGAGUAUCUUUUGAGCCUACAAAGACAACCUUGUUAGCUCAAGAGACCAUGUCAACUGAUUCAGUAACAUCUGACCCUGACAAGACAUCCACGGCACAUGAACCUCCUGCUCAGACUAACACACCAACAUUACUUCCCACAAAAAGUAUUUUAACAUCACAACCUACAGAUGACAGUGGCACAGGAACACCGGAGUCUUUUGAAACCACCUUGAUACCUAAGGAAAGCUUUUCAACUCAUCCAGUAACAUCUGGUCCUACUGAAGCCACUUUGCUACCUGAAACUACAGCUUUUACAAAAACAUAUGAGCCCAGUGUUACCACAUCAUCAUUUAAAACAACUUCUCCAACAGAUCCCCUAACAACAAUAUCCACAGUUACACCAACAGCCCUGGUGACUGAAAGACCCAGAACUUUACCAACUACAAAACCAACAACGCCAACAUCCAAAGCAACAACUGGUCUGACAACUGCACAACCUACCACCACAACAACUCAAACAACCUCUAGACCAUUCACAACUGCAAAACCUAAAAACUGCCAAAAUGGGGGAUAUUUGAAUGGAUCUAACUGCAUAUGUCUUGUGGGAUUCUCUGGAGAACUUUGUCAAUUUGUUGAAACAUUUGAGCCAGUUCAAAUCAGCAGGUCAGUUGUGGUUGAUGUGCUGAUCAAUCAGGAAUAUAAUGAAAGAUAUGAAAACAAAACAUCAUCUGAGUACAAAGAGUUUGUUAGAAACUUCACCGAACAGAUGGCAGACUAUUACCAUGGAAAGAAGAUACCAAACUUUAAAGAGGUGGUAGUCAUUAGUGUCAGACGAGGAGGCCCCUUGGCCAGAUUUUUGGAGAACACUGUGGAAGCGAUGAUACUAUCAGCCAUGGCUAUCUACACUGUAACACCAAGAGAACAAGGUGUUAGGGUCAUACAUGAUGUGGUUUUAGCAAUUUCAAACAACGCCAGCUCUGAAGAUCUAUAUGAGGACAACUUCAAAGCUGUUGAGGAGGCUGUUGGCGAGCUUGUUGACUGCAUAGAUGGAUGUCCUUACAAUGUCACAACUUCACCCAUUGUGAAUACAACAGAGUUGGAUUUGCAAUCUCUUUGUGAAAAGUUUUUGAGCGAUUCAGAUAUUGCUGAAUACUACGAACCUGUGUCGGUUAAUGGAGCAAUCACAUGUGUGACUGUAUGUAACAGUCUACAUUUAAAUCCUAAAACAUGCUACAAUAAGGGAAUCUGCCAAGUCUACAAGGACAUUGGACCUCUUUGCCAUUGUCAAAAUGUGAAUUCCACCUGGUACUUGGACAAUGACUGUAGAUUCCCUAUACAGAGGACUGCUUUCUACGCAGGGCUAAGUGUGACACUUGCUUGUCUGUUAGUGACUGUGGGAGCCUUGACUACAUAUAUGCUGAUCAACAAACACAAGCAAGCACAGAGAAGGGACAUAGAAGAUAACUUGGUGAAACAGUGGAUGAAUGAGGACUUUGAGUGGUCCAGAUCCAACAGCCAAGCUGACACAAACAAUGCUGGAGAUUACAGAAAUCCUUCAUUCAUAUAUGAAGAAUCAGCCAGCCACAGAGAGAUUACAGGUGAUUUUGGACAGCCUAUACCUGACUACCAGCUGACUCAACCAGAUUUGGAUACUAACAGCAGACAGUCCAGUCCAUUUUCCACGCGUAGUCUAUCCCUACCACCAACAUCUCACUCCUCAUCCAACCUGCCGAUGACGAUCGGUAGGCCCCAGAUCAGGACAUCCUGGGACGCUUGAGCAGUGAACUGAAAACUAACUGGACCUCACCAGUUUUUUUCAGACUGAUGAGUACUUAAUUUAAUGCUAAUUAAAUUUAAUUGCUGCCUUCCAAACUACAUGCAUUCAUUGAAUUGAAGUAGUUUGUAAUUAAAUCAUUGCUUUAUUGAUCUAUUAAACUGACAGCUAGCUAGUGCUCACACAUAUCCAAUAUUUAUGAUUCUAUUUAAUAUCCGUCAUGAACGGUACCUUUGUAAAACAUACGAUGUUCAGUCUUUGUGACACAUUUGUUGUAACACGAUGUAGAGAGGCGUCAUCUCAGUGUACAUUUUUGAGGCAAUUGUCAGUAGUGGUGAUUAAGAAAGGUGUUAAUUAUAUUUAUAUACUUGCCUACAGAGACCAACUUUAAACUCCCUUUGGAGACUUCACAUAUAUCUUUUUAGUGCUGUGGACUUUGGAGUGCACGGCAGCAGUUAUACAACUGUUUCAGGUCUCUUUCUCCCUCCCCAUUUUCCCCCACCUCUCUUCCCUCCCCCACUUCUCUCCACUGAAUUCAAAUGGUCAUGGCAGAUGACCCCCUCACACUGAGUCUGAUUCCUGUUAAAAUUGAUUUUUCUGUCAACUGUCACCAAGUGUGUGCUCAUUGUGGGAACUGUUGGAUUUCUCUAUAAUAAUGUAUUGUCUCAACCUUACUUUUUAAAGUACCUUGGGAUAAUUUAUGUUGUGAUCUGGUGAUAUGCAAGUUGAAAAUUAUCUACAGGGGCACUUUAAAUGGGUGUUUCUUCAACUGCUCUGUUGUUCAGUUGGUACCGAUUCAUUAUUAAAGUGAAUUGAGCCAUCGAGACACAACAAGUCAGUCGGGCCUACGGGCUGAAAACGAUGACAUAUCCAAAAUACAUUUUGAAAUGAUUGCAUAUACCACUAUCAUUAUACAGCUGUAACUAACUUUACCCCUGACUGAGGCAGAGCAGAGAGGUUUUGACACAGGGACAACAUUGGUAACUGAACAGUAUACAGGUUGACUGAUGAAUGUUUACAUGGCGAAGUUGUACCUUCAUUCUAAAAUAGAUAUUUGUCUCUGUCAGCCAAUGAUGAUACAAAUCAAAAGCAGACAUUAGUGCAUAACCGAGGAUACAGCGGAAUGAAUAUAUUGUUAUUUUCCAUUAUGACAGUUUUUCUGCUCUUAAUGGUUUGUAUGCACUUUAUGUAAAUAAAAGGUUCUUGCUGUUUCUUUUUCAGAGUGAGGCUAUAUCCAUACUCUAAAAUUGUUUUAUAUUUAUGUUUUAUAUCGUCAAAGAAGCCCGCUCUUUUUGCAAUACUGUAGCACUGGUGUCAUACUCAAGGCCCAAGGGCGGAAUCCGGGCCACCACAUCAUUUAUUGUGGCCCGCGAGAGCUUACCCUCUGCUUUUGGGUAAUAUCUUCAUGGUUGAAUGCACUUAUUGUAAGGUGCUUUGUACAAAAGCAUCUGCUAAAUGAAUGUAAUGUAAUGUAACGUGGAUCUGUGUACCUUUCCAGAAAUCUCCUCAAUAUUG